AAUUACCACUUUCGCUUCAAUGCGGAAGAAAUAUGCCACUGCGCGUCUGGAGGCCGUGUAAAGGAUGAUGAUCCCGGGGAGGAGCGGACCGGUCAAUACCAUAAGGUUGCACCACAAGCCAAUUUAUCAUGUCGUUGGGGGUUCGGCUCAAAUAAUCCAACCUACCUAGGUUAGGUAACUUGACAUGACGAAAAGAACCAACACUGGACCAGCAAUAUCCACCGCUAGCUUCGACACACCAUCAUUGGGCCCCAGACGGCUGAUCUCCACGGCGAGCGGACGAGAUUGGCUUCCGUUGCAGCGUCGCAGCGGACCGGGAAGCAGCACCGAAGGCAAGCAGCCAGCCGUUAAUCUGUUCCUAUUGAGCCGUGACACACUGCUGGGUAUUCGACGGUGCUUCCAGAUGUCCCAGAAGGCCCCCAGACGUGCUGUCGCAUGUCGCUCGCCUCAGCGAAUACAACCUCGCCAGUCUCGUGCGUAUAGGCAGGCUGCCGUCUUGGUCCCAAGGUAUCACCCCACGAUAAAUUUAGCCUUCACUGGGCAUGAUUCGCUGGCCUCGUCGCUGUGUGCAGCAAUCGCAUGCCGGCAAGUCGCUGGUUGCCGCACAUUCAUUGUGGUUGCAGUGGCCGAGGCGAGCCACUGGCUCCCAUCGACGCUGCUGAUUCAACAGACUCACGUGAUGGCCCAUGGAGAAGGGCAACUCGGCCCUCGGUCGUCCGUCAUCGUGUGUGUGCCUGUGGUAUGUGUGCGGGCGACGCUCCUUGAUAUGCUCCGAGUCCUCCGUACCCCAGAUCCUAUCGUCCCGUAUGUCUAGACCCAUGACGGUCGAUCAGCCAAUUCGAUCGUGAGUGGGUUUUUGGGGUUUUUCGGGUCUGGGGAAGGCCCGUCCUCUCCGCAUCUUAACGGAGGGAAGACACCGUGACAUUGAGCUCG